AUGCCCUCCGGAUUUCCUGGUCUUACACGUGUUGACCAAAAGCCCUUGCGGACCACCAAGGCCAAGGCCCCUCCUCUUACCCCUCCUGCCUCCUCCCCUCCUCGCCCGCCUAUUGCCUCACGCUCUCAGCAUCGCAACAACGACGCAAAAGGCGCCUUGCGCAAGCCUGCUACCCAUAACGCUAAGUCUGCCAAACCUGCAUCAAAGCCUGCCGCUACCAUCUUGGCACAAAAGCGCCCUGCCACCACAGUGUCGAAGCCCGCCACGCGCUUCGCGUCCAUCGAAGCGUCCUCCAGCGAUGAGGACGACAACACGGCGGCACCGGUGAAGGCCAAAAAGCGACCUCGCCCCGAGUCAAUCAAGGAGCCAGCCUCCGGGGAUGAAGAUCCGGCACCUGCCAGCAUCUCGAAGAAGCCGCGUACGCUCCCGCCUGUGACGCACGAUGCUGAAGUGAUCCGUCACUUCGAGGUCGUUAUGGAGUGCGCGACGCAAAAUGAUCGCAUCGCACAUCGCGUUGAGUACCUGCAUGAAGCGGCGCGUCUCUUACCGCGCAUGGACGCAUACAUCCACCUCCGCAUCCCGUUCAGAGUCUGGAACGACUACUGGCAGGUGCAAUCUUACUUCGAAGGCAUCAUGAAGGUAUUUCCUGGCUUGGCCGACAACACCGCCUACCUCCGCCAACGUCCCGAGCUUGUCGGAAAGCUAGCAUUAUGGAUGAAGAAAGUUGCGGGGAAAGCCCGCAGUGACGACCUCAACCGUAUCAAGGACGUGAUACUGGAAUGCGCGGACGUCGAGGAUCCCAAGGGUCUCAAGGAGAAGAGCGUGCGCGGCUUUAAGCACCCCGAGACCGCCCGCCUCUUGUGCCCUGUCACUAAGCUCAAGAAGUUCGACAGAGACCCUGACCAAUUUUGCCGCAAGAUUCGCAACAUGGAUAAGGGCCGGCACCGUGUCAAGGGCCGCAAGUGGCCGCUCGUAAUGUACAACAUGAAGUUGCACGUUCCGGGAAAACCACUCAGCGGCUUCCUGAAGAGCGACACCGUUCUGCAUGCCUUCCAAGCAUGCUUUACAGGACCAUCUUCGACUGGUGGACGGUCCGGCGGCAAAUCCCGAGGCAAGCCUCCGAUCUCUCGGAAGUUGACCUGGAGCGGCAUCAACAUAGUCACCAUCGUCUAUGUCGCAGUAUUGGUACGCUUUGCGCUGAGUGACCAGAAGGAAUAUCACUACAAGGACGGCGAUUUCCACGCCAACGACUUCAUCUCAAGUGUUCUCACAUCUGCGCUGCGCGACCCCGAGUGGCGCGAGGACCUCACCGCAUGGUACGAGCGGCGUGUGUACGGUAACCAGGCGUGCAGCGAUGACGAAGACACCGAUUCGGACGACGAGCCCUCAUCAUAUGAUCUGAUGAUGCAGGGGACGGCGGCAGCGAUCGCUGCAAAAGAGCGCCGCAUUACCCAGAGCCCCAAUGCGACUCCGGAGCCUUACCAGGACCCCGCCAUCGAGGACCCGCUGGUCAACAGGGAUGCCAUCGACGAGCUCGCCACCGGCGAGCAGGCUCUUGAGGACACCGCCGGGGACGACUUCUUCGAGCAGGCCAACAUCGAGGAGCAAGACGUCGAUGUCAAGCCGGGACUCGUUGGGGACUAUAGCUCUGGUGAAGAGGAUGAGAACGCCUAG